GAAACAGUUUACUGAACAUUGUAAAUGGCAAGGUUCCGGCGUGUGGGAUGGAUUGGCAGAACGCAUAUAAGGUGUAUGCCCCUUGUAUGUUGACGAAGUACAAGCAUUGGGUGGCUGUAAUGAUUGAUCUGGUUAAGUGUGAAAUCAAAGUGUACGAUUCAAUGGUUUCACUUAUUCCAGAUGAGAUCUUAAAGGAAGAACUCGCCCCGCUUUCAAUUACGAUUCCAAAUCUUCUCAACACCAUCGACUUUUAUGAAGAAGGUGUUUACGCAAACAAUUGCAGCCGAGAUUGGUGGUGUCCGUGGCCAAUAGAGCGUGUGGAUGUUCCACAACAGUCUAAUCAAGGCGAUUGUGGCAUGUUCGUGUUGAAGUACAUUGAGCUUUUGAGCGCUGAGAUUCCGUUAGCUACUUGCACCUCGCAGAACAUCCCCUUUUUUCGGUUGAAAUUGGCUGCAGAGAUAACACGGGGAGAUGCUUACAUGCCAUGA